UAGAAAAAAAUUUUGAUAAUUUAAUAUUCAUACAAAAUAUGUCUAAAUCAGAAAUAAUAUAUAAAAUAGUACAAGAUGAAAUGAAUAAUUCUUUAGAUUUUGAAGCGACGAUUCCAUGGACAAAAGAAUUAACAGAGGAGAAUUUACCUGAUCAUAUUAUCUUUCCAAAAGAAUUAAAUCUAUUUUUGAGAAAUCGAAUUCAGGAUUUAAUUACUGAAAAUGGUUGUUUGCGACGAGCACUUGAAGAAAUGGAAGAAAAAGUACGAAAAAAAGAAAUCGUAGAAAAUGGACAAUCAAUAAUUUUAGGAAAACCGAAUGAAAUAGCAACUGCGAAAAUUAUUGAGCUUAGCAAAAGAUGUAGAGAACAGACUGCAGAAAUUGAAGUUCUGAAGUCUAAAUGUAAAAAUCUUGAAAUUCAUUUAAUUAAUAAAGAAACAGAAUUAGAAAAUGAGCGACACGAAAGAAGGCAUUUGAAAACUGAUGACUCCUCUCAGCAGAGUGAGUUAUAUUAAAGAUUUUUCAACUGCACACAACAUUUUUACACUAUUACUUUCCUCUAUUAUUAUUCCAUCAUGAUCGAGAUAUAGGAUGGUAUCCUUGACAAAGGUACCAAAAAUAAUUUGCCGAGGGAAGAUGAGGAUCGAAUGAAACAUUUACUCGAAAAAUUACAACUAACUCAAACGAAACUAUAUGAAUCUAAAAAUAACUGCAUCAGUCUUAAACAAGAGAUUAAUAAAUUGAAUAAGGUAUUUUAUUUAAAUAUCUUAUUGGAAAUUGUAUGGGAAAAAAUGAAGUAAAGAUACUUUUAAAGCUGCAAAUAUAGUUAUUAUAUAGCGAAGUUGGUGAAAAUAUGAAUUUGAAUAAUUUAUCGAAUCAAUCCGGAUGGCGUGGAAGAGCUGAACAGAUUCAUCUGUUACAUCAAAAAAUAACUGAACUGCAAUCAAAAUUAUC